AUGAUACUAUGCUCUUCCCAAAGCACGAUUAUGUUGAAUAGUCUUCAGAGAAAUUCUGCAAAUUUCGGGUUGUAUGAGAUUUGCGUAAUAGAGCUUGUGCAUAGGAGGAUGGAGAAAACAAUGACAGUACAAGAAUCAGUUGACAAAAACAAUGCUACUGCAGGAAUUGAUUAUUCCCAUUACAUUUUCUCCGCAGCGAUGGCCUUUAUUGCCUCCCAUGGAAGGCUAACGAUGCUGGCAUCACUUCUGAUAGCUCUCGUGGCAGGAGUUAGCGGCGCCGACAUAUAUCUAGAAUGGAAUGUCGCACUUGACAGUACAAUAAAACCUGUUUCGGUCGACCAGCCUGUGAUCACCAUCAAUGGAAUGUUCCCUGGACCUCUCAUAAAUGCCACCACCAAUGAUUUGGUUCAUGUCAAUAUUUUCAACAAUUUGGAUGAGCCAUUGCUCUUUACUUGGAAUGGGAUACAGCAAAGGCUAAAUUCAUGGCAAGAUGGAGUUUCAGGGACUAACUGUCCAAUACAACCUGGUACAAAUUGGACUUACGUAUUUCAGACCAAGGACCAAAUUGGAAGUUAUUUCUAUUUUCCUUCUACAAACUUUCAGAAAGCUGGUGGAGGAUAUGGACCAAUCAGAGUUAACAAUCGCAAUGUUAUUGCUAUUCCCUUUCCCAGCCCUGAAGCUGAAUUUGAUCUUCUUAUUGGUGAUUGGUAUUAUGAUAGUUACAAGAACAUCAGGAACAUGAUGAACACACCAAAUAUGGCAUAUGUACAAAUUCCUGAUACCAUUCUAUUCAAUGGAAAGGGCCCUUAUGGCUAUCAACAAUCUAAGUUUCAUGAGUCAUUCAAUGUCACAAAAGGAAAGACUUACAGGUUCAGGAUAUUGAAUGUCGGAAACGCAUUCAGUUUAAACUUCAGGAUUCAAAACCAUAAGAUGGUUUUGAUCGAAACAGAAGGGUCUUACACCGAUCAAAUAACAUUGGAUUCUCUGGAUGUUCAUGUGGGUCAAUCCUAUUCAGUUCUGGUGACAAUGGAUCAGAAUGAAGCUGAUUAUUACUUGGUAGCAUCCCCUUUAAUGCUCAACACUACUGGAAUUACAAGCCUUGUGGGUUCAGGAAUUCUACAUUAUCAUAAUUCUCUUUCACAAGUUAGUGGCCCUCUACCUGUAGGGCCAGACCCCUUUGACCUUAAUUUCUCCAUCAAUCAAGCUAAAUCUAUCAGGUGGAAUAUGACAACAGGAGCAGCAAGGCCUAAUCCACAAGGAACCUUCAAUGUAACAAAUGUUACAUUAUCACAAACUUUCAUCUUAGAAGCCUCUACAGUAGAAAUCAAUGGCUUACCGCGCUAUGUCGUCAACAAUGUCUCAUAUUACACUGUCAAUACCCCUUUGAAGCUUGCAGAUUACUUCGUAAACGGCACAAAUGUUUACCAAUUAGAUUGGUUCCCUGUUCAUUCUGUCAAUUCUGAAGCUACAUAUGGAGUUUCUGUUGUUUCUGGAAUUCACAAAGGCUGGAUUGAACUUGUUUUUCAAAACAGUUUGGAUGUCAUUGAUUCUUGGCAUUUAGACGGUUUCGGAUUCUAUGUUUUAGGGUUUGGCAACGGAACUUGGGGACCAGAAGCACGAAGCAGCUACAAUCUUUUCGAUCCUGUGGUUCGAUCGACGGUGCAAGUGUACCCGAAAGGAUGGACAUCAGUUUAUGCAUUUCUUGACAAUCCAGGAAUGUGGAACCUGAGAUCACAGAAAACAAAGAAUUGGUACUUAGGCCAAGAAUUGUACAUCCGAGUUCAUAAUGAUGAUCCCAAUCCUGCCAAAGAACGUCCUCCUCCUCCUAAUCUACUUCUAUGCGGUUAG